AUGUCUACUAUCGCAGGUGUUGUGAGCUUUCUCGAUCAAGAAAAAUUUAGAAACACGCAAGAAUUUCAAGAUGUUUCGUUUUUGAUCAAGGUCAAAAAAAGUGAGGAUGAGGAAAAGACUGCGGAACUAUAUUUUCUUGAUGGUGAUCCAAUUACAGAAAUUCCAGUCCCUAAUGAUAUUGAAUGCGAAGAAAUUAACGAAUUGGAUCAGAAAACCUUUCCAACUUUUUCAGAAAAAGAAGCAAAGGAAAAGGCUGCUGUUCGAGCAUCCGUUGAUAAAAUGUUGGCUGAUAUUAGGUUAACUUUACCUUCGCAUAAAAUUAAACCGUGUGAAAAUGAAGCCGCUGACAUAUAUAAACAAGCAUUAAACUUUAGUCUUAUAAUAAUGAUUUUAUUGUUUAUAUCAGAUGUAAUGUUGGGAAUGACUAUUCAUAUAAGCCUUUACGCUAAGGAUAAUUUAUCAGAAUUAAAAGAAUUAUAUGAAUCAUAUAAAGCAAUUUCAGAAAAAAAUAAGCAUUUUUAUUAUAAAUUUUAA